AUGGCAUACUUCCACGGAAAUAUGAGCAAGUGCCACCGUAGCGAGAUAAAUAUUCCAAACCGCGGCGGCCUGACAUGGUGUAUCUGUAACACUGAAGUCAACUUAAGAAAACAAAGCAAUUUUCAACAGCAGAUGCGGAGAUAUCGCUCAGCCAAUCUUGUUGUACGAGAUGUACGCAACGUAACAAGCUUAAACGGCACGACGGGAUUCCUACCACGUCAACCUCAGAGCAUCUCAGCUACGACCUUAGCAGGCAAGCACAAUUCUGUCAGCGUUGUCUCGCAAUUCGCAUCAGAUAGUCGUCAGCAUAUAUCCAACAGUGCAGACGAUGCAGGUCCACGCUCGAAUGGCAAUGGAAGCGCUCUCUUGCUGCUAUCCCUAGCUUCAUUGCAUCAAGCUCACUGUAUGAGUCAGACGCACGUCAUGAUGCGAAAGUUAUACUAUAACUGGGGAUAUUUGCCACCGGUGCACGAUGGGCAGUGUCAAAACGAAGAUAGUCACAGAUGGCGAGGGUGGGUCCAUGGACAGAAGAUCGUGCGUUCGACAAAACUAGACGGGAGGCAAUGCCGGAGUGCAGCCAGGAAGCUCCGAAGAACCGGCAGCGGCCAUGCCUCAGAGGCUCAGAUACAAAAGCUCUUAACCCAGUUGGGAAAGGCCUCCGUCUGGCCACCAGCCCUAACCAAGAACGCCGAGGGAAAGAAGGCGGAAAAGUGGAAAACCUUGAGAAUGGGGAAUCUGGAAUCCGCCACCGCGACGCUGCACAAGGUUUAGUGGCUACGACUCCCCCCCUCCGGCCGCCGGAUUGCAACAGGAAAAAAGAGGGGACGCAAAGUAGUAUUUCCGGGGCUGAGCUUAAUUUGAUCCUCAUGCUUCCCCCAGGUCCGGUGCCGGACCAGCAAGCAUUUGCGAUAUCUGGUGAUUCCUCGUCCAAUCGAGGGGUGAAAAUCGUGCAGGAUGUUCGUCGAUCGUCUUCAGAUGGUCCCUGGACGUUUUUUUAGCUUAAAUAGAGGCUUUUUGUGCCUGAAAGAUGCAUGGUGCGACCGGUGGAGCCGUGAGGGCGAG